CACGGCACCUUUCUGUUCCCAGGGCUGAGUCCCAGCAGCCAGGAGAUCUGCUCAGCUCCCGGUGCUCUCCCUGCCCCCACCCUCUACCUGAGCCAGAUGUCUGCCCGGCCGGUGGACUCUGUGAGGCUCCAGUGCUCCAUGAUCUCCCAUCUCCUGGCCUCCCGCAUUGUCUUCUGUCAGGAUGGGGAGGAGGUUUGGUCCCAGAGGGGCUUAUCUGGGAAACUCACCUACGACUAUGACCACGCAGUAUCUGGGGCAAGCUCCAGGAAUUACUCCUGUGCAUACGAGAUCAAGGACAGUGACAACCAGGUGAUCAGGUCCCAGCUCAGCCCUCCCCAGCACCUCAUCGGCACCAGUAAGGCCAAUGUGAGUGUGAGACCAUAUCCCAGCUCAGCCCUGCCCAGCAACUCAGCACCGUGGGAAGGACUGGAAAAUGUUACAAUAUUGGCAAUUACAAUUCCUGUUUCGGUGGGUGUGAUUUUGGCUCUUGUUCUGCCCCUGGUGUAUUACCUUAAGAAGAAGAAGAAAGUUGUAAAUAAUAGGAGAAAAGAAAGGUUGCAAAACCUCUAUGGGAAGAACAAUAAUCCCACUGAAGAUCAGUACACGGCUAACAAUGGGGUUGCAUAUUCCCAUGGCAUGGGUAAAGAAGCCCCGGAGCCGAUCUAUGAAAAUUUUGAUCUAGCGGAUGUGCCUCCUUCUACACAUCACUCCGAACAGACGUAUGAAUCUGUCUUUCCGCUAUAUGCGAACGACGUGUACAGGCCAUGAGAGGUGCAGGAUGUUGGAAGAUAAGCGUCUCAGUUUAGCUUUUUCAAGGAUUGAUUUCAAUGUGUCAAAGCCAGCAGAAGAGGGAAGAAGAGGACACUCCGGCACUGAAGGAACAUUUCAGAAAUUUGAAAAUAUGAAGAAUUUUUGGUUUUUGAAGAGAGAAAUAAAGAGCAACAUGACUUUAACCUACAUGAUUUCUUAACUGGGAAUGAGGAUGUGUGUCAAUUUCAGACUAGUUCCUCCUGUGCAAAGGGAAAAUGUGAGUUUGAUGUAAAUAGAUGAUGCUGUAUCAUAAAUUAUAACUGUAUUUCUGUUACAUGUAUGCUGGGCUGUAAUGUAUGAGAGGGCUCACUUAUUUGAUCACAUGAGUCAGAAUUUUCUUUUUGUUAUCUAGCUCUAUAAAACUAUUAAUUUCAAUUUCCUCUUUUUCAAUAUAUUCAAAAUAAAAU